AUGUCCCCAUCGGUCCCUACCACCCGCUCAAUUGCAGCCAAGUACUCCAACUUACAAGCUGGGCAGUCACUCGACGAACACGGCUUCUUCUUCGACCGCUCCCUCUUCGCAGGCGUCCCUGUGUCGUACAACACCAUCUACCUGUACUUCCGGUGCUACCGCUGUGGGGAGGGCAUACAGAGUAUCACGGAGCACUUCGGAGAUAAAGGCGCCAAGCAUCGGGGGCUGAGCAAGCCAUCGCCUGAUCGUCUAGGCCUCAUCCUGGCCUCGCAUCCGGAAAGCGACCCGUACCACGCUUGCGGCCUCGAUCACCUUAACACACCCACUCGCCGUCAUCUCCGAAUACUCGGUAUCUCCACCUCUUCUACUGGCUUCGCAUGCAAGGCAUGCUCAUUCCACCCACGGCCACAUCAGCCUCGGUGGACCUCGCACCUCCGGCCAAGCGCUCACGGUUGGAAUCCGCUACCGAGCCUCUUCCUCCCCCACCUCCAGCGUCGACUCCGGCGGCUGGUCCCCCAAACUCUACCUCUACCUCCCUUCGGUCAUCUUCCAAAACCCUCAUCCUCAUCCUCCUCUAGCCCCGAGCUGGCCGAAGCUACAGCCAAGAUCGCCUCCCUUGAAAGCCGGAACGCGGCGUCCCUUUCUACCAUCAAAAAUCUGCAGGCAUCGGUCGCAGCGCUUCGACAGGAGAAGCUGGACGGUGACGCAAAGCUCAAGAAGGCGGAAAGCCAGCUUUUGUCGAGCCGGAUGAGGCAAGACGUUAUGAGACAGGCGCUGGGCCCGGAGGGAGUGAAGCAGGUGGAGAUGAAACUGCAGAGAAUGGCGGAGGCGGAUUCUGCGGCGAAGAGAGCGAGGGAAGCCAAGGAGGCGUGGGAGAAGGCGGAAAGGGAGGCUCAGACAGCAGUGGAGCUGUUGCUUCCGGCCGAAACCGACCCUGCUCGUCAACUGUACCUCCUCAACGGACGACGGCCCAAAACAUCGGCCAUUCAGCAUUCCACGGCCAAUUCGGGCGGCCUGGCAUUCGAGGGCGAGGGCGGAGAUGCGAUUGAGCUCGAGAGGUGA